AUGGCAGAGACCAAAAUAAUUUAUCAUAUAGACGAAGAGGAGACGCCGUAUCUAGUCAAGAUACCAAUUGCUGCUGAAAAUAUCACUUUACUGGAUUUUAAACAGGUCUUGAACAAGCCAAACUACAAAUUCUUCUUCAAGUCUAUGGACCAGGACUUCGGGGUUGUGAAGGAAGAGAUUUCCGAUGAUAGCGCCAAGUUGCCAUGUUUUAACGGCAGAGUGGUGUCAUGGUUGGUGUCUUCAGACACUCCAGUAGCAGAGCCACCGGUGGCCGUGGUUCCCCCCGUGGAAACGUCUGUCCAGCCCUCACCCCCUCCACCACCUCUGCCACCUCCACCUGUUGAAAGGACGGGGGGCAUCGGGGACUCCAGACCGCCCUCCUUCCAUCCCAAUGCUACAGGCAGUGUGGAGACGUUGGAUGACCAGACUGAAACAGAAUCUGUAGUUUCCUUCAGGAGAGAGAGACCUCGACACAGAGAGAGCAUGGACCAUCACGGGCCACGUAUGAACGGACAGAGUCGCCUGGAGCGCCACCUGGCGGGAUAUGAGAGUUCCAGCACGGUGAUGAGCAGCGAAUUGGAAACCACCAGCUUCUGUGACUCUGACGAUGACGACACAAUGAGCAGGUUCAGCAGUGCAACAGAGCAGAGCACGGCCUCGAGGCUUCUUAAACGGCACCGCAGACGCAGGAAACAACGCCCCCCUCGUCUUGAGAGGGCUUCCUCCUUCAGCAGUGUGACAGACUCCACCAUGUCUUUGAACAUCAUCACCGUUACACUCAACAUGGAGAAGUACAACUUCCUGGGCAUCAGUAUUGUGGGCCAGAGUAAUGAACGGGGCGAUGGAGGUAUUUACAUCGGCUCCAUCAUGAAGGGAGGAGCUGUGGCCGCAGACGGACGCAUAGAACCAGGAGACAUGCUGCUGCAGGUGAACGACAUUAACUUUGAGAACAUGAGUAACGAUGAUGCAGUGCGGGUACUGAGGGAGAUCGUGCACAAACCAGGGCCCAUCAUCCUCACUGUGGCUAAGUGCUGGGACCCGUCGCCUCAGGGCUACUUCACUCUGCCUCGCAAUGAGCCGAUCCGACCCAUUGAUCCUGCAGCGUGGGUCAGCCACUCUGUGGCAAUGACGGGGGCUUACCCGCCGUACCCAGGCAGCUCCUCUCUCAGCACCAUCACCUCCUCCUCCUCCGUCACAGAGACUGAACGUUUUGAUGACUUUAACCUAUCGCUGCACUCUGACAUGGCGUCAGUUGCCAAGGCCAUGGCCUCGCCAGAAUCAGGCUUGGAAGUCAGGGAUCGUAUGUGGCUGAAGAUCACCAUCCCCAACGCAUUCCUGGGCUCUGAUGUUGUGGAGUGGCUGUUUCACCACAUCGAGGGUUUCCAGGACCGCCGCGAAGCCAGGAAGUACGCCAGCAACCUGCUGAAGGCCGGCUUCAUUCGACACACUGUCAACAAGAUCACCUUCUCUGAACAGUGCUACUAUGUUUUUGGGGACUUGAGUGACUGUGAGAACUACAUGGCCAACCUCUCCCUGAAUGACAACGAUGGUUCUAGCGGAGCCUCGGACCAGGACACUUUGGCCCCCCUGCCCCUCCCAGGUGCCUCUCCGUGGCCCAUGAUGCAUACCUUUCCCUAUCAGCCCUACCCCACACACCCCUAUUCCAACCAGCCGCCUCCAUACCACGAGCUCACCAGCUACACCUACGCCCCCGGCAGCACCGGCAGCCAGCACAGUGAAGGGAGCCGAAGCAGCGGGUCAACGCGGAGCGAGGGUGAGCGGCGCCGCAGCAGUAAAGGUGCCGGCAGCACUGUGGGCGGAGGGGAAAAAUCGCCCUCCGGCGGGGGUGGAGAAGGUGGCGGUGCUGACUCGCGCUCCGGCAGCGGCAGUGAAUCAGAAUACUCCACUCGCAGUAGCCUGAGGCGCAGCCACGGCUCCGCUGCCCCGAGCGAGCACAGCCACGCCUCCUCCCAGCGCUCACAUCACCACCGCUUGCCGCAGCUGCCUCACAUGUCACCCUACCCUCCGGGUAUCCCGCUGCCUUACAACCCCAUGAUGGUAAUGAUGGUACCGCAGCACCCGCACCCCGCUAUGGCAACCGCUCACGCUUUGCCGCACACACAGCAGCUACCCACGGCCCCUAUGCACCCAGCCUUAUCCCUGCCCCCCUCCUCCACACCAGGGGGACCUCCUGGUGCCCCGCCCACUCGUGACCUGGGCUCUGUCCCCCCAGAGCUGACUGCAUCCCGCCAGUCCUUCCAUCUGGCUAUGGGCAAUCCUAGCGAGUUUUUUGUGGAUGUUAUGUAGUGCUGUUGUGGUUUUUUUUUGUGUUGAGUGACCAUACAUGUGAAGAUUGUGCUCGGUCCCCGUGCGUUCUGACCAGGAUCUGGUGGCAGCUGUUUGAACUUACAAGAGCCUAUUGGAUUAACGGCACUUGUAAUAAAUUUGGUGAGAACAGGGUUUAACUUUGACACACAAAUUGGAUGAUAUCAAAAAGUAUUGCCAUGUGGCAGCGCUGUGUAGUAUUUAAAUUUUCCACCAAAACAUCACUCUUUUCAAAUCCAAAAAUUAGGACAGUUUUGGCUUUCUGAUCUCAAUAUCACCCCAGUCUGAACUGUGAAUUUGUUGAAUUUGUACCUUCAGUUUUCUUAAAAGACAGAGUUGUCAGUCUCUCUGUUCAGGAGAUCACAGUUUGGUCCAUAAGUAAUAAAACACUUAAAAAAUAAAUACAUAAAUAAUUCUGCCUCUGUACACCACCACAGUGUCUUUGAAAUGAACCAGUCAAGAUGUGCUUGUAGUUUAGAAUUUUAGCUUUAAUUGAAGUGUUUAACAAAAACAGUCACAUUUAUCAGUUCGGAAUUAUGUCUGUUUUUAUGCAUAGUCCCUCUAUUUUUUUUUUUUUUUUUUGAGGGGUCAUAAAUAAUUGGACUAAGUAUUAGGCUUAUUGUCUCAUCUCACCAGGACACUUGGUACUGUAUGAGAAGCUUGUCUGGAGAGACCAUGCAAGAACAAAACUCGUGAGGGAAGCCACCAAGACACACCAUUACAACUUUGAAGGACUUUACGGGCUUCUAUGUCUGUGACUGGAGAAAUUAGACUUCUUUUUGUAACAUGUAAAAGUUGCAUGUUGCGCAGUUUAUCUGUUUGCAGCACGGAGGCCUGUGGCUCCUACGGAGUUGUGUGCAUCUUGAUGGCUUCCCUCACUCCAGACGGAUUUACCUUACAGCACCAUGAUGUAUAUAUUUGUUGUUAUACCCUUUGAAUUAAAGAAAAAAUGUUUCUAUUUCAAACAGAUAAUUGUUUCAUUUCAACUCAACUCCACUGUGAAGAUGUCACACAGAGGCCAAACCUUAAAAAUUAUAAUUGUCCAAAUACUUACGGACCGGGCUAUUUUUCAACUGUGUAAAACUCUUAACAGAUUGUUUUUCCCCCCUUUGCAUAUUUAGAAGUGACCGUCUAAUAUCUAAGCUCCAAGCAAGAAGCUUGCGGACCACAGUCUAACACUCCGUAGUGCCAGGUACACUGUGUACUUGAGAAGAAUACAGUCUUGUGUGUAAUUAUCUGGAUCUUUUUUGCCAGAUUUGUUGGCUGCACAGGAGCAUAUUCCUUAAUCUGCAUUUUUUAGCUGUUCUCACCCUGUGUACACAAGAUUUGACUCCUUUUUCAGUGUAGUUUGAUGAAUUCUUUGUAUAUAUUUACUACUACAAUGUAAAUGUAACACUACAGAAUGGCAAUAUAAGAAUAAGAAUGUGAACAAUAAUAAGUCCAAAAAACAUCACUCUCUACCUGGGGGGUUUGGGGAAGGGGGAGGGUGGGGAAGUCGUAAAUUUUUGUUUUUGGCCAUGUUUUCCUUUCAGGGUGGGGCUGUAGAGGCAUAAAGGUACAUGCAGGUGAGGAGUAAAGCAGAAACGGUACUUUUUGAAUGAACUGUGAUCCAAAUUCCCGCUCGCCGUACAUAUUUGUAUGUUACUGACACAUUAUUCACACUUUUUAUUUUUAUUUUCCUGUAUGAGUGACUAUAUAAAUCUUGUAUAACCAAACUAUUAAGGUGCUAAAUGAAGAGUGGACAUUUCAAGAAUAAUGACAUUGUUACGUUGUUUGAUUUCAUAUCGCCACCAUUGCUUUUUUUUUUUUUUUUUCUUUUGAGAAUAAAUUUGAUACUUGUAAA